UGUAGCUUUAGCCAUGCACUUUGGAUUACUGUCCUGUAGUGGAGUAGUUGGGUUGUUGCUACUACAUGUGGCGGGAAUGGAGCAACCAGACCAACCAACCGAGAACAUCGAGUCUGCGUUCUGCAGGAAUGGCCAGGAGAGCCCGGAGCCCGUACCUGCACAGCUCACAGGCACCAUCCCACCGUGGCUCCAGGGCACACUUGUGCGUAAUGGACCCGGGCUCUUCUCUGUGGGAGAGACGUCCUACAAACACUGGUUUGAUGGAAUGUCCCUCAUUCACAGCUUCACCUUUAAGGACGGUGAGGUGUUCUACAGAAGCAAAUUCCUGAAGAGUGACACGUAUAAGAAGAACAUUGCUGCUAACAGGAUAGUAGUUACAGAGUUCGGGACCUUGGCCUACCCUGAUCCCUGCAAGAACAUAUUCUCUAGGGCCUUCACCUACCUGCUCAAUGCCAUCCCAAAUUUCACUGACAACAACCUCGUGAACAUCAUACGAUACGGAGAAGAUUACUAUGCUUCCUCAGAAAUCAACUACAUCAACCAGAUUAACCCCUCAAAUCUGGAUACUGUAGGAAGAGUCAAUUUAAGGAACCACAUUGCAGUGAACUUGGCUACAGCUCACCCUCACUAUGACGAGGAGGGGAACACCUAUAACAUGGGCACAUCUGUUAUGGGGCUGACUGGUCCCAAGUAUGUGAUCUUCAAGGUUCCUGCCAACGCAACAGAUUCAGCAGGGAGUAAGGAACCUGCGCUGAAUAAGUUGGAGCAGGUUUGCUCCAUUCCCAUGCGCUCCAAACUGUUCCCCAGCUACUUCCACAGCUUUGGCAUGACUGAGAACUACAUCAUCUUCGUAGAGCAGGCCUUCAAACUGGACAUGAUCCGGCUGGCCACAGCUUACUACAGAGGAGAGACCUGGGGCAAGUGCCUCACGUACGACAAGGACGAUGUUACGCUGUUCCACCUGAUCAACAGGAAGACAGGUAAGGCUGUGCACACCAAGUUCUACGGAGACGCUUUCGUGGUCUUUCAUCACAUCAACGCCUACGAGGAGGACGGCCAUGUAGUGUUCGAUCUGAUCACGUAUGAAGACAGUGGGCUGUAUGAUACGUUCUACAUGGCGAAUCUUAAUCAGGACUUUGAGAAAGACGAUAAUAUAAGCACUCCCACCCCGAUCUCCCAGCGAUUCGUCAUACCUGUGAAUGCUGACCUCAAGUCAGCUCCAAAAGGCACCAACCUGGUGAAGCUGGAGGGCACGUCGGCUACAGCUGUGCAGCAGAAGGACGGGUCUCUGUAUCUCACCCCUGAUAAACUGUUUGAAGGUGUGGAGUUACCUGGAAUAAACUAUCAAUACAACACAAAGAAGUACAGAUACUUCUAUGGCUCCAAGGUGGAGUGGACACCAAAAAUAACAAAGGUUACAAAAGUGGACAUUCUAACCAGGGCGUACCUGGAAUGGACUGAAGAGGAGUGUUACCCGUCUGAGCCAGUGUUUGUGGCGUCUCCUGGUGCUGUAGAGGAGGAUGAUGGUGUAAUUCUGUCGUCUGUUGUGUCGCUCAAUCCCAAAAAGUCUGCCUUCAUGCUGGUUCUGGAUGCCAAGACUUUUAAAGAGAUUGCUCGCGCCUCUAUUAAUGCCUCUGUUCACCUGGACCUGCACGGCCUUUUCAUCCACGACCAGCCUUAACUCACACAGCCACAAGAGAGCGCUCUCUAACAACCACUCAAUAUCAGUCUGUUAACACUCACUAAUUACUGCAGGGAAACUGAAUGUUUUACACAAUGCAAUACAAUAGUAAUAUACCCAACAAUAUUACGAAAUAUUAAAAAAGAAUAAUUAUACACUUUAAUACAGUAUAUAAACAGUGUGGAUUGUAUAAUAUAACCUCUAAUGAUGGAAUAACAAAGCAGGUGGUAUUAGGUGUUAACAGUCUGGAGAAGGGGGCUGGUGAAAGACUACUACAUGAGGAAGGAAUAUUAUUCAUAGUACUUUAUAAUGACUACAUAUCUGAAUCUCUGCCUUGUACAUUUAAUUUAAUUUUAAUUACAUACUUUUAUUUUUUUUAUGUUAAAAGUAUAAGCAAUAACAAAGUACCUUUUCUUCAUUCUUUACUUAAACUGUGGUAAGCAAAUUUGCACUAAACUGUACAUUUUCUAAAUUAUUUAAUUUAAAAAAAAUCUAUAAAUCACAUGAUUUAUAUAAUAAAAAAGGCACUUCAUGUUUGAAGGUGAAGAUGUUGUGCAAUUUAAUUCAACAUGGUUGGUUGACUCUUGAAUACAGUAAAUAUGUUGAGUAUCACUGUACUUGAACCCUGCUAAAUAACACUGACACAUUGUGUUGAGUAAUAAAACAUAUAUAUAUACGGUACCAGUUAAAAGUUUGGACACACCUUCUCAUUCCAUGUUUUCUUUCUUUUCUUUAUUUAAUUUAUUUUCUACAUUGUAAAGACAUAAAACAAUUAAGGGACACAUAUGGAACUACGUAGCAAACGGUAAAAAAAAAGUGUUUGUCCUCUACAUUAAUCUCCUGAUCUAAAGCUGAUGAACUAAGAUGGUGAUUUGAGGUGAUUUGGGAUGAGCUGGAGUAACUAUUGUUCAGCACCACUAGAAACUCCUUCCUUAAAGACGCUGAGAAAACUAUUCCAGGUGAUUCUCCCUCAUGAAGACACUGAUAUUAAAAUACCAAGAGUGUUCAGAUCUGUCCCCAAAGAUAAAUGUGCUACUUAGAAGAAUCUAAAGUAUAGAACAUAUUCUAGUUUAUUUAACACUUUUUGUUUACAGAAUAAUUCAGUUCUGUUUCUGUAUAGCUUUAAUAUAUAGUCUUCAAUAUUAAAUUAAAAUUAAAAGUUAAUAAAAAGAAAGAAAACUCUAAAACUCCAAACCUUUGGCUGAUACUGUAUACACACAUAUACACACAUAUAUAUAUAUAUAUAUAUAUAUAUAUAUAUAUAUAUAUAUAUAUACUCUGUAGGUGCUACAAUGUUGAAUAACUUUGUGGGUGGUAAUGAAUGCCUUCUAUGACAUGUUGCCUACUGUAUAUACUUAAAAUGACAUUGUUAUGUAACAUGUUUCUAGUAAAACGGGAGAAUUUUAUGAUUCCAGAUCAUAUGUUCGUUUAUGUAAAUGUCUUGUUUAUUUUGUCUACGUUAAUUGCAUAUUUUUGUCUGUAAUAAAAGUAAAAACUUUUUAACAUUAAAGAAAUUUGAUAUCUUG